AUGGAGUCUUCAGCCGGCCGAGCGUUCAUCACAACCACUAUAUCUGGAGGAGCAAUGGCUGGCCGGCGGAGCUUUGAGACGGCACCAUCGUCGGCCGCUCGUCUUCACAAGCAAAGAUCCAACCAUGGCAUGCGAUCGACCAGCCACGGCCAACCAUUCUCUCUAUCCAGUGCACCUGAAGCACCUCCCAUCAGGAGCAGCGCUCUCGUCGCCGCGGGCUUUGGAGACGGAGCCAAAGCUCGCAAAGGUUCCAUUCGGAAUGCCGUUCGCAAGAUAUUCGGGCGACGAUCCAGAGACUCCAUCUCGCAAGUUACAGACGCCUCAUCCUCUUCGACGCAAGCACCUUCGACACGGCACAUCUGUCAUAAGAGCGAGCCACCGGUGCUUCCAGCUCAACCUGAGCUUCCCGAACUACAACUCGAAGACGCUUCUGCGCGACGAGUCAUGUCGGAUCCUUAUGCAGUGCAAUCGCAUACCCGGUCUACGAGCCUUUCAAGAACCGCUUCUCCUUACGCUGUUCAAUUCCCCAACAGUGUGAGACUGAAACCUAUGGAUCUGGGUAAUCCGUUCAUGCAGGUUCCCAAGCUUCGACGACGAAAGACCCUCCCGAGCAUGCUUAUUGAGAAAGAAGAAGGAGCUGCGGCCAUUGCUGGCAGCUCGCAUGAAGCAGCUGAUGAGCCGAGCACGUCCAACAACAUUGAACCCGAACGAGAAGCACCAAUGAUACCGAAACGAACUCCGAAUAGUGUCAAAAAGUCACGGAGAAAGUCACGAAGUGUCGAUGAUCUUCCAUCGAUUAUUGCGCUGCAGCAACAAGGCACUCCGAGAAAGAGAAGCGAAGAGAUAAAGUAUUGGCGCGAAAGCUUUCAGCCGGACGUGCUACGAGCCAGCGGCUUCAUUGCUCGGCCUAGCUCGAACAGAGACAAUGCACAAGCGCCUCCAUCAGGCACUUCUCGCAGAAGCAACAGGGAAGGGUCGAUACAAGAGACAGGAGGUGAGAAGACGGCAAGAUCAUCAGGCCGUGGUGCAUAUGAUGCUUCACUCGCUCUGAGGGACAGCACACUGAAAAGCAGUCCGCCCGGACAAUACGGCCAGCCUCUUUCGGUGUACGAAUCAGAGUAUCGGCCAUCCUCUGGGACCGAAAUGUCUCGAGAUCUGGAAGACCGGGUGGCAAAGUUGGAAGCUGGCUUGCACACUUUCCAGCGGUCUCUGCAGAAACUGACAGCUGACCGGAAUCGACGGACUAUAGUAAUGGGAAGCAGCGUUGGAACAAGACGCUCCUCGGGAGAUUUGCGGACACCUAGCUUGCUUGCAGAUACGCUUGCAGAUGCGCUUGAUCAAUCAUUCCAGUACGAGUAUGAAUAUGGACAUACGUUGCGGCCGACCACUUCACCGCAGCCACCGCCACCUAUACCGCCGCACGUCCAAGGGCUCGAGGAUCCUUUCAUUCACGAGACAGCACCGCCGCCGCCAAGUGAACCGCCGACCAGGCCUCCAAGACCGCCGUCUCCAGCUCAGCUGACACCGGAAGCGUUGGCCGCUGUAAAUGCGGAGGCAAGAGGUUCGAAAGAUCAGACGCCCCAGCCAUGUACUUUCCGCUCCCUCUAUCAAAUGCUUGCAGACGAACGGUCAGCCCGGAGGAAACUCGAAUCGCAAUUGCAGAGCUUGCGCCGCGACAUCUCCGAACUCCACAGCCAAGUCCACGUGUCCUCCAACGUUCAAAGCACGCGUAGCAGCUACAUGCUAGCGGGUUCAUCAUCCCGAUUACAGGACUUGUUGCGCGAGACAGGUGAAGCCAGCGGACCGGAAGAGUCACCACGCUCGUUAACUCUGCAGCGAUUGUCUGGAGCAUCAGCGAGUCAGCCCGUCGUCAGCAGAUUCAGCGGAUCUGAAAGCGAUAAUGUCCAAGUGGAGGAGACAGACUAUGAGGAAUAUCUUACACCAAAGGAAGAACGAAGCAAAAUCAGUCUGGCUGAUAAGCUGGAAAGGGAGAGCGGGAUGUUUUGAUAACGAACUUGACUGACUGACAUCUAUCUGAUUGAUGACUA